UUAAAAUGGGGAAUAAAACACCGAGUGCUAGAGUCAUGGUAGACAUACUUUACCACAUUCAAGAACUUUGUAAACCUGUGGAUCUCAAUCCGAUCUUUCACAGUAAUAAAUUAGUUGCAUUGAAGAAACUAAAAAUUUUCUUAGACCAUUCAACGAAAGAGACCUUACAAAAGUGUGACACCAAUGAGAUUAUCUACUCAUCUUUAUCUCUUAUAUAUUAUUUCGGUAUGCGGCUUAAAAUGGAUAAGUUAAGCGGUAAGUUGUGGCUUUGUUUCGCAACUAAACAGUUCAAUACAGCUGAAGAAAUAUUCCACCAAGUCAUGGAGUUUUUGCACCCCGAACAAGGCGAGUUAGUCAUAAAAACAACUAUACGUUUUUUCUCUGAAGUGUCUCUGUGGACCUUUGAGAAUUUCGUAGCACAAAUUCUCGAAGUAAUAUUAUUUUACAACAACGGAAAGAUCACGCUAUUCAACGUUAUGCUCACCGACAUCCAUUGUAUAGUUUUCAGUGAUAUUGUAUCAGCAAGGCAUCGAACGAGAGUUCUAUAUGAGCUUUUGAAAAGUAAGAACUGGGUGAUCGACAGCCAACAUUUGCUACCUUUCGUGACACGCUUUUUGAAUUUCUUCACCAAUAAUGUGAGUCAUAAGCGACCGAGCUUUCAGCAUCUUAAAAAAGGAUUUGAAGUGUGUCUUCGGCGAAUUUUCGAGCGAGCUUCAAACAAACAUAAACUAGCUAUUGUUAAUACAAUUUUGCAUUGGUUUUCAAUGGUGAAUAUAGAUAAAGAGAAUGUGUUGGAAGUGGCCAAUUUAAUAGACUAUGCAGCGCUUUUGUAUGAAGUCGGUCGGUACCGCGAGAGCUUUCAAACAGGUUUCAUUCAUCACAUCGUGAAGAAACUGAUCGGUUCCACUGAUGCUUUAUACAGCUACUGUGGAUGUCGAAUACUAGCAAGAUUUUUUGAUCGGCAUAAGAAUUGUUCUUACUUGAUUGUCCCAACAAUAUAUUACGAAUUUUCACAGGUCCCAUUGAAAGUUGGGGAAUAUGAUAGAAGUGACAAGGCAUUCGUAAGAGAGCAUCGGGAGUUAUUCCACGAUUAUUUUGUUAAAGCAUUCGAAACGUACCACUUCAAUCAAGCUAACAUCGAAGCGCUAUACUAUUUGAUGUCAUGUUUGGUAUUAGAAGUGCCCUGCGGUUUGACAGCUGCAGCGGUGACGUGCAUGGUAAUGUUUGUUCAGGACUUUGCCAUAACAACAGACAUACCUGAGAAGUGUCGGUUCUGGCUGCAUGCAGUGGUGCUCUCAUUAAUGUCCCUUAUAUGUUGGGUACAUAAGGCCCCUGAGUUGUAUCGAUAUGUCAACGAAAUUGUCUCGAGACGAGCGAAGGACGCUCCACAACUUAAUCCGCCGUUGCUGGAUGAUUAUAAGAUUGAUAAUCAACGCGCCAAUUGGAAUAAAGAUACGCUGUUCUUUGAAGAUUGGGAACUACGUUAUGGACUUUGGAAACAUUUUAGGAGUUCACAGGUACGUUUAGAAUCAACAUAA